AUGGUUUACGUCUACAAAGAGACACGGGUCUCCUUAGAUUGGGCAUCCGACGAUCGAAUAGUCGAAGUUGCAGUUCCGGACUACGAUGCAGCAGAAGCUGCGGCAGUGGAGGAGAAUGGAAACGACACAGCUGGUGUUUUGAUUACGGGCGAAACGGACGACUUUCCCCUAGGAUCUUUGGCAUCGUCUUCGUCCAUUGUAUUUCGCGCAAUACACCAAACGCCUAGAACAAUACUAUGGAGGGUGGUGAAUAAGGGAAGGACCUUGGUGAUGCUGCCCUUGGAUGUCGCACGAUCAAACGACCAGCACCUAGCAGUCGCGUCUGCGUACAAGAUUCAGUUUUCACGAGCAAUCGUAUCGGGAUGCGUGACCUUUUACGACCUUCCGGAGACCCAUUCGCUUAUGAUAUUUGUCCUGACGGCAGGAAACCACCUCUAUACAUUUAAUCUACAUCAGAGUUUUUUUACAUCUCACGAUGAAGGAGAUAGGUUACAUCCAGGAUGGUGUCAUGUUUUCCAACCGCCAUCGCUUGCAGUACGGUCUGCACACUUCUUGAGAGCCGUAUCCGAGGAUUCUCUGCUAGUUGCAUUGCAGGAUGGAAACUUGAUAAGACUAGACCGAUUGAUACACCAGAAGAGCAGUUCUGGGUAUAAGGAAAUCACUUUCAGUGACGGGGGUUAUUUUGGUUCAAUCAAAAGCAUUGUUCGAUGGGGAGGUGCCCAAGUCAGAUAUGGCGACAAUAGCAUCGCAGCGUCUACCGUUGUAUCUGUGGCUAUGACUUUUAGAUAUAGCCUUCUAUUUACCGUAUCGAUAAACCACCAGUUGAAAGUGUGGUCCAUGGAGCGGGGCACAAUGCUUGGAACAUACGAUCUUCUUAACGAGCCAGCGUCUAAUGCACCGUCGAUCAAGAACUACCUCGAUCCAGCCCCGGCCCACCUUGUCGCUCUUAUUGAAGACUCACCCGACCCCCGCUAUAUGUUUUUGCUUCUCACACUCUCACCUGCUGGCUCUGGAACGUUCAAGUUGUGGGCGGCGACGGAUGAUGGUACGGCUGGCUUUACUCGACUUGUCGACCUAUACCCUGACGAAGCUCUGAAACUCGAACCCCCAACUUUUAAUACUCUUUGGGUGGUUGCAGAUUUUGGGAUUGCUUCGUUUUCGAAAGACGAUCCAAGUUUAAUAUCGAUGUGGCUGCUUUGGAAGAGCAAUACUAGUUCUAGACUACAAACGGUCACCUUCAAAAUCGACGACAUGCCGAGGACUUUUGGAAACUGGGUGGAUGCUAGCCAAGAACAGCUACUUUUGGAGAAACCUCGAAGCCCUCCAGGUGGAGAGAUUGCUGAUCUUUCGAGCUACUGGCUGGACUGGAUAUUCCAACCUGGAAGAUUUUCCGACUCUGUAAUUGACAGAGCUGUCGAAAUCUUCAAAAAGAACUUUAUAUCCAAGGGUGGUAGAUCGACGGACCUCGACAAACCGAGUUCAAAUGAUUCCCGUCAUGGGCUUGUUUUGAGUGCUGUCAAUGCCGUCGUUAGCCUUCGGAACAUCCACCCCCUUGAUGCUGGUAUGGACACUGAGGACGCACUUUGGAGGGACUACGAAGUCCAAUGGAAUACGUUUUUCAGAAUCUGUACCGAAUUGGACAGGACACGAGUCGAAGCUUUGUCGCUGAAUAUCGACCCAGCCUCUGGCCUUGCCUUUGUUGCAAAUGCGGAUACGAUAACAGUCGUCAGAAAGUCGUCAGAGAGCGAGACUAUAUCCCAAAACCUUUCAACAGCAACUACCGCUGAUAUCCAACGUUUAUACCAGAAUUCUUCUGAGAAAGGGAAGGCUCUAUUUGGUGACGGGCUGGUUGAUUCUGUGAAAUCAUUGAUUCUAGCGGCCCGCGAGCUAAAUGACUCGUUAUCGCCAACAGCAUUUGAUGAAUGCGUCGCCGCAUUCCAAGAUGAGGUUACCCGACCCCCUGAUGUAGCGAUUUAUGACCGCAUCGAUGGGAUGUAUGAUCGGUGCUUCGAGGGACGUGUACCGCAAUCUCAUCUAGACCACGUUGCUGGUCUUGUCGCCGCACUACAGCAUGACCCGGAACGGGCUUUCAGAGUUGUCUUGUCGAGCAUCACACAAUUUGAGCCCUCAGGAUCGUCGAACUUGACAGUGUUUGGAGAGAAGUUGCUUUUAAGAGGCAGCCAAGAGGUUAUCCAUGUGAACUAUACCCUGCUGUUUGAGUUGACGCUGCUGCUCAUACUCGUUCAUUGCUCGACGAUCGUGGAAAUCGACGAUAUUGAACCAUACAACAAAUUGUAUCUCGAUCUCGUCGCUUUGCUCCGAGAGUACAAUAUACUCAGCUGGCUUAGCAAAAACUCAUGGACACCCACGCCAGAAGAUGUGGAGACAGAACAGAGUUUGAGGACCACAUUAGGACUUAUUCGAGGGUAUAGAGGUCAGGCCUUACCUCAGAUUCACAACUUCCCGACUUUGCAGAUUCUCCUAAAGACUAAUGGUGGGCCACCACCUUCCGCCGUCGGAUCCGGACCGGUUACAUUGACUUCGAGCAUUCAGAAGUUCUUGGCUGCGACGGAACUUGGCCAGUUUUCGGAGGCUGUAACACUGAUUGCCUCGAGAUUAUUGCGUAUGAAUGCGAUCCGACUGAUGGGAGAAUUCAUGCCAUAUCUACCUCCAACCCCGUGGGGAGAUUACCUAAAAGCGCGGAUGGCGGUUUGCCGUAAGGAAUGGAAGACAGCAGAGGAGCUCUUCCAAUCCGCUGCUCCUGGAAUUGCUGCUCAUCACCAUAUUGCUCCUGUCAACUCACUAACUGCGCUUUUCACACCUGUGGAACUCGAGUACCUAUGCUCUGGGACCCCAAGAUAUUACUUCCAUGUGGCCGAGAUUUUUGAACAUAGGAAGCAGUACGGGGAGGUCGUCGUGUUCUCUGAGUUGGCGUUCAAGGCUCUGCCUAACCGCCUUGAUCAGGAGGAAACGGCAUUGCGAUCCGACAUUCUAGCCAGGCAAUUCAGUGCCGCACUUCAGGUUCCCAACUAUCAGUCUGCAUACUCAGCGCUUAUGAGCUAUAGCGAUAAGGCAUUGCAACGACAAGCCCUAAAAAGCCUGGUCGUCUCCAUGUGUGAACACAAUCAAGCCGACACACUAUGUCAAUUCGAAUUCUCCGGUCUCCACGAAGAAGUCGAUGCAGUCCUAGAACGCCAAUAUGAGCAACUAAACGAAGUAGCCUCAGUUCAUGUUCCAUACCACAAAAUUGCGUAUGCAUGGAGAAUAUUGAAGGGUAACCGUCGUGGUGCUGCAUCCGCUCAAUACGACCACCUGAAGAAGCUCCAAGGCUGUUUGACAAAUUCUCAGAGGUUCACCGGAAAGGAAGUUAGAGAGGCUUAUUUGGCGCUAUUGAAUGUUUUGGCACUGGUGCCGAAGGAAGAGGCAUACAUAUUUACUAGACUGCAUGCCGAACAAGAGAGCAGCGGUGUUCAUUUUGUCGACGGUAAAAAACUUCGACGCCGUGUCGUGAGCAUUGAUAAUAUCCGCGAGGAAUUCCAGGAAGAGAUGAGGAGGACGAUCGAGUAUCUUAGCGGAGGUAUCUUCUUCUAA